GAACAGGGGCGCCGCUGGAAACAGACAGAGGAAUGCGAAUCUUCGCAGGUGAUUGCCGGUUAUUUGUUGGUGCUCGCACUUGAAACAUGGGCAAGGGAAAUAGUAAACUCAAGGGGGAAGUGGUAGCCAAGCUCGCUAAGGAAACCUAUUUUACGGAAAAAGAAGUUCGGCAGUGGUACAAAGGUUUUCUUAAAGAUUGUCCAAAUGGCCAACUAACAGAACAUGGUUUUCUACGGAUAUAUAAACAGUUCUUCCCCCAGGGGGAUCCUUCCAAAUUUGCCUCUUUAGUCUUUAGAGUCUUUGACGAAAAUAAGGAUGGUGCAAUUGAAUUUGAGGAAUUCAUCCGAGCCUUAUCGGUAACGUCGAGAGGUAGUCUGGAGGAAAAGCUUGUAUGGGCUUUUAAACUCUACGAUGUUGAUAACGAUGGUUACAUUACCCGUGAAGAGAUGUAUAGCAUCGUCGAUGCCAUAUAUCAAAUGCUGGGUAAUCAAGCCAAAGUUGAAGAAUCUGAAGAUGAUCCGAAAAAACGAGUUGAUAGGAUCUUUGAGCAAUUGGACAAAAAUCAUGAUAACCAGCUUUCUCUAGAAGAAUUCAAAGAAGGCUCUAAACAUGAUCCGAAGAUAGUUCAGGCGCUGACGCUUUACGCUCCUUAACCGAAUAUUUAUUUUGCCCUUGCAUUCCACCAAAAGCACAACAAGACAACACUACACAGAGACUCUUUUCGCACAUAUCACACUUUACCCUUUUCCAGAACCCCCUUUUACAGGGUGCCCGUUACAUUUUGUUCCUUUACCGAUAACUGAAAUUAAUUACUUAAGAAAAUGACACUAUUAUUAUUGUUUUUUUCCAUAAAUAUUUGUCUUAGGAGAUUUGUUAUAAAUAAGGAAUUUAUUUCUACUUAGACAUGAUACAUGAAUUUUAUCUAUUUUCCAAUAAAUUAUUUCAAUUACAAAAUAAAAGUGAGAUUUGAUCUUUAUUUUCGCAAAUAUUUAUCUAAAUUGUUUCUGUUAUUAAAAGGUAAUUUUUUUAAAUAUACAAUAAACGUAGAUUUUGUUCCUUAACUGAUAAAUAGGUUCAGUUAUAAAAAAAGAACUAAAUACUAAUCUUACAAAUAAUUUUACAUUCAUUAUAGAGUAGUUUAUUUCUGCAUACAAUAAAUAUUAAUUUUGUUCCUUUACCAGUAAAUAAGCUUAAUUAUGGAAAAAAGUAAGACUAUUCAGACAUUUGUUAAAAGUGAAUUUGUCUUUAAUAAGAUACAUAUUAUUACGAACAAUAAAUACACAUUUUUAAUUUUAGCGUUUUGUAUUUUAUGUAUUUAUUCAUCAACUAUGU